AAGCUGUGCUGGGAAGUCCGGGCUCACCAUGCUGAGCGGCAGACACAAAGAACACGCGGGCAGGAGAGAGGACAUCCAGGCGGGAGUGCGAUAUAAGAUAUCACCAGAGAAGAUGCACGAGGAGGUUCAGCUUGGGGCGUCUUACAUCGUAAGGCUGCUCAAUCGUCACCAAAAACUGGACAGCAAGCAAGUGGAAAAGUUUACAGAGACUUUGACGUCCAUCCUGUGCGACAAAUUCGAAGGACAUUGGUACCCGGACAGCCCGCAGAAGGGACAGGCCUACAGGUGUGUAAGGAUCGAGAAAAACCUCUUUUUGGAUGACUCUGUAUUACAGGCCUGUGUCAGGAGUGGCCUGCGCUGCUCACAGCUUGCUCUGCCCAAACACAUGUCCAUCUGGAUUGAUCCCAAAGAGGUCAGCUGUAGGCUUGGAGAGAGCUGCAGCCCCUUUAUUGUGAAGGCUUUUGAGCCCGAAAAACCCAAGAAGGAUCAAAGCUCAGACAAAUCGGACCUGGAGACCUCAGACUAUCACUCUGAUGGCUCAGACACCACGGGAUCGCCAUCGGAGUGCUCCAGCGAGGAUGAGGAGAGUGUGAUCAGCAAGGACAAGAAGACCACCCCAGGGAUAGACACCCAAAAACUUGGUGCCCAAUAUUACUACAGCCCAGCUCCAGCGUCCACAGUCUACUACCAAUAUCCCAGAAAUCCUUUGAGCUUCAUUCCAACCUACCAGCCCAUGACGGUCUACUACUUGGUCCCGAAGUACUAUCACAACAUGAGGACUAAGGGAGGAUAUCGUAAAUGGAAGACCAAGAAGUCCCCACCUCCCGCCAAAAGCUAAACUGUGAUUUGUACGGACCCUUGCGAUUCAACCGCUAGAAGACCUCAACUAUUCACCUCUUGGAAGAUGAUUUGGAGCCAAUGGAGAUCAUCUCACCGGUUGACCUUCUCGAAAGCUGAACCUGUUUUUGAAGGUCCAAACCUGAUUUUUUUUUUU